UGGGGUGGAGUAUCCCUUUAAAAGACAAACCUCUGUAAUAUUGCACGCCAAUAUGAAAAACAACAACUGAAAAGAAGAAAAGAAUCUAACUUUUAAAUUAUACUUUGCAAAAAUAAAAUUAAGCCUACUUUUUAGUAGCAUUAAGAUGAUUUGAACUGUUACAUUAUUUUCAUGACAUUCAACUACAUUAACCUUGAAAUAUUAAUUGUCAUAAUGCCAAAACAAUCUCAUUAUUAUUACUGUAAUAGGAAACAAUAUGUUUAUGUACAAGUAUGAAUCUACAGACUUUUUUUUACAUUGCCAUAAAUACACGGGUAUUCAUUGGAAACUUACAGGACUGUAAUUCACUCUCUCUCUGUAAUGGCCAAUUCACAUUAAUCAGAAUAAUACAGUCGUUUAGCAGUGAUUGUCACUGGAUGUCUGUGGCAUUUUGGGAAUCUCAGCGGUAAUGAAAUGAUAAAUUGUCUCUGUUUCCACAACAGGUGGUGAAAGAUUGCAGAAGUCAAAUUGAGCACUGGAAUAAAGUGGAAAAGGACUAUGAAUCUCUUCAAGAACGCCUCAGGACUUUGCCUGACAAGUUGUCUUAUGAUAUUAUGGUACCAUUUGGUCCCUUGGCUUUCAUGCCUGGAAAGUUAGUUCACACUAAUGAGUUAACGGUGCUCCUCGGGGAUAACUGGUUUGCAAAGUGUUCUGCCAAACAAGCCGACACUCUUGUGGAACACAGAAAGAAACAUGUCAAAAAUGCGCUAGAUGACUUACAGAAAGUGAUGAAAAACUUUCAGAAUAGAGCCGACUUUACAGAUGAUCUUAAAAAAUUGACUGGUGAUACUGAAGGUUUUCUAGACAUUAGAGAAGAGGUUAUAAAUGAGGAAGACUUUACCAAAGGAAAACAUCGUUUGGCCCACAAACCCAAUUCUAAACCUAAGCAGGAGUAUUUGUUGGAACUGGAAGAGGACAAGGAGAAGAAAGAAGAAGAUGAGGAGAGAAAGACAGGGCUGCUGUCAGAGGAGGAGCUGUGGGCCCGACUUGAUGAACUAGAGCGUGAGGAGGAACUUCAAGAUGAGAGAUUCCGAUUGGACAGCACAGACACUAAUGGAGAAGACACCACUUCCUCCUCAGAGGAAGAGAAGGAAGCAGAAAGUGGCAGCGGUGUCCAGGUUAAUGGCCAUCAGAAGGAAAAUGGCUGGGUACCGUCAUCUAUCACGAGUCAGAUGAACGGCACUAAUGGCUCACACCCUGAGGAUGAGGAGGUGGAAGAUUGUGAUGAGGAAGCAGGCAAUGGUCUUCCAACUAUCUAUUUUUCUCAUACUGCGGAAUUCAAAAAGGUCAGGAUAAAUACAGGAAAGAACACCACUUUAAAAUUCAGCGAAAGAAAUGAACAAAAGGCACAAGCCAAGCGAAAAAAGAAAAGUGGCAAAAGAAACGGCCAUUCUCAUGAAGGUUACAAGAUCACAAGCCCAGCAGACAUUUAUAGGGUGUUUGUGGAUUUGGUGAAUGGAGAGCCAAUCCCACGCAAGUCCAUUUUGAAGUCCCGCAGCCGCGAGAACAGCGUGUGCAGUGACACCAGCGAAAGCAGCACAGCUGACUUUGAAGAGCGCCGUGCAGCUUUUGGACGCUCGUGGAGCCAUGAUGACGCCACACACAGUGAUACCAGCGAUGGCUUUACUGGGGAGGAAAGCCCCACUGGAACGAGCCCCCGCACUAACGGACGCUUUGAGGCUUUUACAGGCACAGUGAUUGAAAAGGAUCCCCUUUCUUGCUCCAUCCCACACCUGACCAUCGCCCCUCCUGCCUUACCCACAAUCCCCGAGAGAAAGCUGGAGGAGGUGGGCCCCGAAGCUCUUCAGGAGCCUCCCAAGAGGAUGUCCAAGUUUAAAGCUACUCGGUUGCAUCAGACAUGAGUUCAUCUCAUCAACACACAACUUUUAAAUUCAGUUUUGUACAACUGAAACUCUUAUAGUCUGACUUUCUCACUAGCUGUCCUCUCUUCCUUUGUCCUCCACAUCACUUCUAUACUGACAUCUGUCUGUUUUUUGUUUUGUUUUGUUUUGUUUGUUACAUGCACCCUGGACAUUUUAUUUGCUCUAUAAGAGUAAUUAAUAAAGAUGAUAAAUGAUUUCCCUACAAUUAGCUUUUUUAAAUGCCAGAUGGUUUGUUUAAAGGGAUAGUUCACCAUAAAGUUAAAACUGUCAUCAUUUACUCAAAGUCUUGUGUUUCCUGUAUGAUGUUUUUUCUUCUGUGGAACACAAAGGAAGUUAUUUUGAAGGAAGUUGGAAAUCGUUGUUUCCAGAAGAAAGUCAUACUGGUUUGGAUCUUCAUGAGAUUGAUUAAAUGAUGACAGAAUUUUCUUUUUGUGUGUGUGUGAACUAUCUCUUUAAGUUAUGAAGAAGCUGCACAUUUAGGUAUCUUUUGUGUGUAUUCAUUUAGAGAAAUAAAUAUUAAAAAUAGAAUGGACAAAAAAUUAAAUGCUAAAAUGUUUUCAAGACAAACAAAAUAGUAGUGUUAGUGACAUCAUGACUACUGUCUAUGAUGUGGAUUUUUGUUGGAAAAUGCUUUUAUCAAAGUUAAUUCUCAUUUUGUUAAUUCAUGACAUUUAUGUGCAACUUUGACAUAUGUUGGUCAUAAAAUAGCUGUCAGUUUCUGUCAGCAUAAAAAAAAAUAUAUAUAUGUAAUUUUAUCCUUUCUGAACUUCGUCUCUGAUUCUCCUUUAUCUCGUUUUGUAUCUUGUUUACAAAGUUUUUGGCUUUGUACAUCAGCUUUUUUGUGACCGCCGGAAAAAUGUUGAUGUAACUGAAAAGGAAAAAAAAUAAAAUGAUUUUGACUGUA